GGCGGGCCGCAGCGCGCUGCCUUCGCCGUUCCCCGCCCCCUCGCCUCUGAGGCUGCCCGGAUAGCUGCCUGAUCCAAGGCCCAGCAGCUUCUGCCUUCCCGAUCCCCACCGACGGACGGAGGCAGCUCACCUGCAGGACCGUGGCGCUGUCGGUCCACGUGGCCGCUCCGGAGCAGGCUGGAGUUGGCAGCGGGCUGCGCUGCGGGCACAGGCGCGGCGGACAGCCCCGGGGGCAGCGGCGGGGUCCUGGCUGGGAGAGGACAGGGUUGCGGCGGGCGGAACGGUGUCUCCUUCACUUCGCCCUCCAGCCGCUGCAGCUGCAGCCCGACCGGGAGCGUGACGAGCGGCUUCAGCAGCUAGCGGAGCGGUGGCUGCGGCCCCCCUCAGGAGACCACCAGAUUCCUCUCUUCCCACGGCCUCGCCAUGGCGACCUACGGACAGACUUGCGCGCGGCCAAUGUGUAUUCCUCCAUCAUAUGCUGACCUUGGCAAAGCUGCCAGAGAUAUUUUCAACAAAGGAUUUGGUUUUGGGUUGGUGAAACUGGAUGUGAAAACAAAGUCUUGCAGUGGCGUGGAAUUUUCAACAUCUGGUUCAUCUAAUACAGACACUGGUAAAGUUACUGGGACCUUGGAGACCAAAUACAAGUGGUGUGAGUAUGGUCUGACUUUCACAGAAAAGUGGAACACUGAUAACACUCUGGGAACAGAAAUCGCAAUUGAAGACCAGAUUUGUCAAGGUUUGAAACUGACAUUUGAUACUACCUUCUCACCAAACACAGGAAAGAAAAGUGGUAAAAUCAAGUCUUCUUACAAGAGGGAGUGUAUAAACCUUGGUUGUGAUGUUGAUUUUGAUUUUGCUGGACCUGCAAUCCAUGGUUCAGCUGUCUUUGGUUAUGAGGGCUGGCUUGCUGGGUACCAGAUGACCUUUGACAGUGCCAAAUCAAAGCUGACAAGGAAUAACUUCGCAGUGGGCUACAGGACUGGGGACUUCCAGCUACACACUAAUGUGAAUGAUGGGACGGAAUUUGGAGGAUCAAUUUAUCAGAAAGUAUGUGAAGAUCUUGACACUUCAGUAAACCUUGCUUGGACAUCAGGUACCAACUGCACUCGUUUUGGCAUUGCAGCUAAAUAUCAGUUGGAUCCCACUGCUUCCAUUUCUGCAAAAGUCAACAACUCUAGCUUAAUUGGAGUAGGCUACACUCAGACUCUGAGGCCUGGUGUGAAGCUUACACUCUCUGCUCUGGUAGACGGAAAGAGCAUUAAUGCUGGAGGCCACAAGCUUGGGCUCGCCCUGGAGUUGGAGGCUUAAUCCAGCUGAAAGAUACCUUUGGGAAUGGAUAUCAGAAGAUUUGGCCUUAAUAUAUUUCCAUUGUGACCAGCAGCAGGCUUUUUUUCCCCCAAGAAGAUGAUCAAAACAAAGGAUGAUCUCAACAAGAGCUGUAUUUUAAGUAUUUAGACAGUUCCUUGUUAGCUGGUUUCUAGUUGAAUUGGUUAUCUAGUUACCAAUGCUGCAGUCCUGCAGUCACCUAUACAUUAUUUAAAUGUAUUUAACUGUUAAAUGCGCUACCCACCAAUAAUGAAAUAGACCUUUAUGAAAACCGUGCAAUUGUGUGCAUGUUUGUUUUUAUGUUCCUUUAGAAAACAUUGACUAUUACCAUUGAAUGAGAUGGAUCAGUGGAUAUUGAGAUGAGGUUAAAAAUUUUGUUAAGUUCAGCCAUUAUUACUUUUGGUAUCCCAGAACAUGACAAAUUAUGAAUAAAACAAGUAUACAUAA